AAACCACCACCUCUUACUAGUCUCGCAUUUGCCAGGCCUCACACGCUACAUUUGCUUUUACCCCUCACGACCAGGGCAAAAUAGUAUAGUACGGCUGAAUAUGAGGGAAGAAUCUAUUUAAGCGAUGAAAUGGCCAUCGUUCGGUUGGAAUCACUGUCAGCAGCUAUUCGAGGCCCCAGUCUCAACAAUGCUACAUUGGAUUUUAUCGGUUGCUACUCUUCUCGGGGCGUCUUCGAAAGACUAUCCUCCCGUGACUGACUCGCCUUUGGUCACUACUCAAGACGGAGAUGCCAUCAUAUCCGCACAGGUGGAGCUCGAUUCGGAGGAAGAGGAGUUUGAAGAUGAUUUGACUUCAAACAAGCCUCGCAGUCUCAAGCAAGAAGUCGAAUCUAUGGCCAAGAUCUUCAAUAGAAAAUACAAAUACAACAAGGGUAAGGUGUAUAUAUUCUCUGAUCCUAAGAAAAAAGACACAGAAGUGAAGAUUGGAUCCACAAGACACGUUCGAAGCCGAGGACAGAACCAUCUGAAGUGCCGACCGACAUGGACGAUUAGCCAUACUGCGGAGACGCGGGAAUAUAUGCGUGUGGAGGCAUUGGUGAGAACCGAAAUACGAGACAAAACCUGGCGUCAUAAAUGCAGAUGUGGUACAGUACACACGGAGUACUUCACAAUCGAACAAGACGUCGCAGUGGAGUUUCUCAAAUUCUGGUGUACCUGGUUGAAACGGGAAAACCCUUUCACCCGAGAUGCGCAACUGAAACCUUUCUGGCUCCGUCGUCUGAGACUGUUCGAAGCUCGAUUUCUGCAAUACUUCAUAUGCCAAAGCUGCGGUGAAAACGACGAACUUGCACAAGACCAGCGUCGAACAGCUUGUCCGGAAUGUCUCCGAGAAGGAUGGAAGGCAUGGGUCAAUCCAACUUAUGCCGAACGCAAAGAAUACAUGCACCAAUGCAUCCAAGAAUUCCAUUCGCCCUUGAUCAAGAUUAGAGAUUCUCUUUCAAAGAGUGCUUACUGUUUUCUGAGUACGAUCUGCCUCAGACUCUUGAUCCCCAUCAUUUUCCAUUGCAUUUGGAUCUCCGUUACAUUGUCCGAAGGUCGAUCGCAAGCUUUCGUCCAUGCAUUGUUUCUGACCCCUAAAAAUACCUUCGACCUUGUCGUCUCUUCAAUUCUACUCUACUUUCUUGCUAUCGCAGCUCUGGUGCACGGUCCCGAGGUUGUUGAAACUUUGGUACCAAGGACAUCUCCGCCUCCUUCAACACCUGGCAACGAUAACAGUUCCAAUGAAAGACCAACCGACGAAAGCCCCGGUACCCCAACCAAGCCUUCCAGACCAAGAACUGGUAAGAGGUCGCCCAGAAAAGAACCAGGCAGUCCACCGAAACAUAUCAACGGAGAACCCGUUGAAUCCUCUAGCAUGGACAUGACUUCCUCAGGCUCUUCGGCAAGUCCUAGAGCUUCUAGGCGACAGAAGACCCCAGCACCGAGCUCUCCAUCCCCAGGUCCACCUACAAGUCCAAGUCCACGCCCAGCGAAGUCGGAUAGUCGACAGUGAGUCUGCCAUGCAGAAUUCAACAUCUUUCCCAUACAGAUUGAAGGGUUGAAGGGUUACUAAGUUUCUGGGUGUAAUCAUGAUAACAGCAAGAUCUCGACUUUCGAUCUGGCAAGAGGCUUAAAAGUGUCUCCGACGUGCUUGUUGUACAUGUAUUUUGAGCUUAUUUGUCCAAUUCUGUUUUGGCAUGCCUCCGUCUUGCACGGCCCCGCGCCUCCGCACUCUUUUCCGAAGUGUUGUACUGUACAUUUAAUCGUGCUUGCAGCCAGCUAGGAUCUACAUGGCGGGAAAUAGUGUCUUAAUCGAAUUGAAAGUCUUUCG